AUGUGGUCCGUGUGUGUUUCAUUUUUGUGUGUGUGCGUUUCUGUGCUCCUCCACCAAGCUAUUUCACAGCCACCCACAGAAAGUGACACCUACACGGAAUGCACAGAUGGCUAUCACUGGGAUCCACAAACUCAACACUGCAAAGACAUAAAUGAAUGUGAAACUAUCCCAGAGGCGUGUAAGGGUGAGAUGAAGUGCUUCAACCAUUAUGGUGGCUACUUGUGUCUCCCGCGCUCUGCCUCAGUAAUCCCUGCCCCUGACCCACCCAACCAAAUCCCUGCUGGUGUGGGCAACACCUCAAGCGAGCCUUACAACCCCUGUCCCAGCGGCUAUGAGGCUCAUGGAGACAGCUGCGUGGAUUUGGAUGAGUGUGAACGGGAUGAACACGACUGCCAACCCAGUCAGGAUUGCAUCAAUACAGAGGGCUCAUUCACUUGCCAGUGCCCGAAUGGAUACCGCAAAGUGGGAACAGAGUGCAUUGACAUCGAUGAGUGUCGGUACCGGUACUGCCAGCACCGCUGCGUUAACGUGCCCGGCUCUUUCUCCUGCCAGUGCGAGCCUGGCUUCCAGCUGGCAGGCAACAAUCGCUCCUGCAUUGACGUGGAUGAGUGCAACAUGGGCGCCCCCUGUAGUCAGAGGUGUUAUAACACGUAUGGGACUUUCCUUUGCCGAUGUGAGCAGGGUUACGAGCUAGGCCCAGAUGGAUUCACCUGCAAAGACAUAGAUGAGUGCAGUUUCUCUAGUUACCUUUGUCAGCACCAGUGUGUAAAUGAGCCUGGCAAAUUCUCAUGUGUCUGCCCAGAAGGCUACCAACUCCUCGGGACUCGUCUCUGCCAAGAUAUAAAUGAGUGCGAGACAGGAGCGCACCAGUGCACUGAUAGCCAGACGUGUGUGAACAUUCAUGGCGGUCAUCAGUGCUUUGACACGAACCGUUGUCAGGAGCCUUAUGUUCAAGUAUCAAACAAUCGCUGUGUGUGUCCUGUGUCUAAACCUGGCUGCGGAGACUUGCCCUUCUCCAUUGUGCACCGUUAUAUGAGCAUCACCUCAGAACGGUCCGUACCAUCUGACAUCUUCCAGAUCCAGGCCACAAGUAUCUACCCUGGAGCAUACAACACCUUCCGCAUCCGCUCUGGAGAUGAUAAUGGGGACUUUUACAUCAGGCAAAUCAACAAUAUCAGUGCCAUGCUGGUGCUAGCCCGUGCUGUGACUGGACCCAAAGAGUAUGUUCUGGACUUGGAGAUGGUUUCGGUCAACCCCCUCAUGAGCUACCAGACUAGUUCAGCUCUACGCUUAUCGGUCUAUGUGGGGCCUCAUGCUUUCUAAAUUAGAGUUACAUUUAGAGCGGGGGGGGG